AUGGAAUCACCGCAGGAAUCGUCCAACUCGACGCUUGUCAAGUGGUCGGGAAAUCGCAAACACGCCCUCGCCGACCCUGAGGACGACUGGGCUGGCCUAGGCGAUCCAAAGGAGCGGCGCAAGAGACAGAACCGCAUCAACCAGCGUGCUUUCCGCCAACGACGACGCGCGCAGCAGAAGAAGGCCACAAUCCAAGACCAAAUCGAAGAGAUGAUCGCAAAGGGCGAGGUCACAUUACUCCCACGGACAUCAUCAUCUUCUUCAGAAUCAUCAUCACCAUCAUCCACAUAUUCCGCUCCCUAUAGCUCCUCGACUACCGUAUCACAUACAAAUAGCAACCCCUUAGUCUACACCUGGGAGAAGCGCAUGUGCUUCCUCGGCAACGAAAUCGACAAGCUCCUUGAGCGCUUCAGCCAAAAAGCAGUCGAAAGCUAUGUCCUGGGCUCCCCAUCCUCCGACCACCUUCUAACCCUCUGCAAAGUCAAUGUCUUCCGCGCGUUCAUGACAAACAUGCAAACCCUCGGCAUGAGCGCCGGCCCCGAAUGGAUGGAAGACGAAGCCAUCUCGCCCUUCUCUACGUCCAUGCCGGGAUACCUCCCAGUAGAGAAACUACCGGUCAGUCUGCGCCCUACAAGACUGCAAACAAGUAGAAUGCACCACCCGUGGCUUGACUUUUUCCCGUUCCCGCGCAUACGGGAUAAUUUGAUCAUGGCAGGCGAUUUUGACGACCAUCCACUCUGUGAGGACAUAAUGGGAUUCUGGAAUGUGACGGACGAGGCAUGCGGGCUGUUGGUUUGGGGGGAGGCGCACGAUCCACGGAAUUGGGAAGCUUCGGAGAACUUCUUGAGACGUUGGCCGUGGGUUGUUGCGGGGUGUCCCGAGCUGUUGGAGUCAACAAAUCGGUGGCGCGGCUCCAGGGGGGAGAAGAUGAUAUUCCGGUAUCUAUAA